UUUAAUGGUUCCCAUCAAAACCACUAAAAACAUCAUCAGACCGGCUGACUUCCGCGAGGACUCCUGUGGCGGACGCAUGCAGCUUUCUCCCAGCUGACAACCGACCAUAACAACCCGCGGAGAGACAUUUUGGGACUUUCACCGAGCUCUUCCCUUCCCAAGAGAGAAUAGAAGUUCGCUUUUUUAAGUUUUGCAACAUUUCCAGAGUCUGCUUCUUCUUCACCCAGGAUACUUUCACAGAAGGCGGUGCAGUGGCCUGGCUCCUGAACCUCUGCGCCUUCAUUUACUCUCAUUAGCUUUGUUUAUUUCCUGUUUUUAUCCAAACACAUUUGGUGGUUCAUGUUCACAAAUGUUAGCGGUCGGGCAAAUGGAUGCUAACCGGCAGAGUGCUUUCGUCCUGGGCAGCACCCCGCUGGCGGCGCUGCACAACAUGACCGAGAUGAAAAACUCCCUGUUCCCGUACGCGCUGCAGCAGAGCCCCGGGGGCUUCAAGGCGCCCCAGUUCUCCUGCCUCAACUCCCAAUUUGCCGGGGGGACCCCGCACGGAAUAAGCGACAUCCUGGGGAGACCCAUCAACGCUGCCGGACAGCUGCUCUCCGCGUUCCCGCGGAUAAACGGCCUGGCCAGCACCGCCGCCGCCGCAGCAGCCGCGGGGAUGUACUUCAGCCCCGCCAUGUCGCGGUACCCCAAGCCCCUGGCCGAGCUGCCGGGGAGGGCGCCCAUCUUCUGGCCCGGGGUGAUGCAGGGCAACCCCUGGAGGGACCCGCGGCUCCAUUGUCCAUCUCAAGCUAUGAUGUUGGACAAGGACGGGAAGAAGAAACACUCCAGACCGACCUUCUCAGGGCAGCAGAUCUUUGCCCUGGAGAAAACUUUCGAGCAGACCAAAUACCUGGCCGGGCCGGAGAGAGCCCGGCUGGCCUACUCUUUGGGGAUGACCGAGAGUCAAGUCAAGGUUUGGUUUCAGAACAGAAGGACCAAAUGGCGGAAGAGACACGCGGCAGAAAUGGCCACGGCCAAGAAGAAGCACGACUCUGAGACGGAGAAAAUGAAGGAGAGCUCGGAUAACGAGGACGACGACGAGUACAACAAACCGCUGGACCCAAACUCAGACGACGAGAAAAUCACGAGACUGUUGAAAAAGCACAAGGCCACCAACCUGGCGCUGAUCAGCCCCUGCAGCAACAGCUCGGACACCUUGUGAUGCCCACAGCUGGGGGGGCACAGUAGGGGAGGGGGCCACAGAGACACGUCUUUCUGAACCCCAUCCCACCUGACACUUCGAACAUGCGCCUGAUGGGAUCGCAUCAUGCUCAGACAGAGCGAGAAAAUGCGUAAAAACCGCUGUUGCGCACGAAAGACGCGCUCCCCAAAACAUGUCCAGAGACGCUUUGGCUGCAUCCAAACUUACCGACAGUGUAAAAACGGAGAGGAAACUCCUGUCCGAACUCAACAAGACUGGUGAUUCAGCUGAAAGGACAACAUAAUACUGGAAAAUGUUUGGCGACGCAAAUCAGAUUUUUACGCAUUCAACUGGAGUUUUAACCACAGGUGUAAAUGUAAAGAAACUAUUAUAUACACACAAUCCGGAUCACUGUUGGCUCAUUACUUGUUGACUUUUAUUCCUCAAGCUGCUCCUCUUUAUGUAAUUCAUGACACUUGUUACAUUAUUUCCCGCGCCACCUCUACCCAAGAUUAGCAGCUUCUGUCACCUCUACAGCCAAGAGGGCCAUCCAUUUAGCCUCCAGCGAGAGUGGAUGUUCCUGUUAAUUGGUUUUCACUAUAUUUUCAUCUGAAGAAAAAAGACAGCUUUUUUUUAAAUUCUGAAGCCACACUUUUAGAUCAUUCAGCCUUAAUGCAAUUUGGGUUGAAGAAAAAGUAAAUGUAGCUUUGAGAGGUGUCUGUACGCUUUUAACAGAUUUAUUAGCAGCCCACUGUGAUCCGGAUCCCAGACGCAUGUUUCAGAUGGCAGGUGUAGACGGGCCUGUGACGCUUCUAAAGCUCAGUUUAACCAGGGUAUCCACUGUCCUAAAGGCACGAGGCCGCAGGUUUGACACGAAUGAAUGAUUUGUGCUGCAGCCUAAAGAUGAGAUGAGAUUGUAUAUAUUUUUUACUGAAUAAGUUAUGUUGUUUCAACCAGUGGAAACGUGGCAGCCGGACGCGCUUACAGAUAAACCUGCUGCUUCCUUUGUGUUCCUGCAGUGUGUCGGGCCAUGGUCCGUCUGGUACCGGCACACCGCUGUAACCCGCUGCUGUAAAUACCUGUAAAGGACAGCUAACAGAACACUCUCCAUCAUCUGGCCUCACUCAGCGGCAGAACACCGGCCACCGUUUCUGCUGGAAUUAAAGAGUAUUAUUGCUUCCGGGAAGGUUAUAGGAAGAAAAAAAACAACACUUUGUAUUAUGAAUAAAUUAUUUAACAAGCAUUUCUGUUGUAUUACGGGUUUUGUUUUAAUGU